CAUUGAUUAUGGACUUAGUUGACCUGAAAUAAGAAUAGUCAAAGUCUUUCUAUGGAAAAUGAGUGCUAUGAAAUUAGACUAAUAAAAGUCUUAGUGUUUGUUUGUGUUCCUAGCUAGAGCGUGGAGCCGUGGAUGACUAGUGAAGGUGAAGCUAUGUCGAUUGUUGUGGAUGUCAGUAGAGUAUCAGGUACUAGCACUCAAGAUGAAAAUAUCUACGAAAGAUUGAAGAAGGCGGCUCAAGUUGGAGAUAUAGAAAGACUCUACGAGUUGAUUGAAGAAGAUCCAAACAUUUUAGAUCACUUUGAUAAACUGUCUUUUUGUGAGACGCCACUACACAUUGCAGCUGAAAAAGGGGAAACUCAUUUCGCCUUGGAACUAAUGACUCUUAAGCCGUCGCUUGCUUUGAAGCUAAACGUUUCAGGUUUAAGCCCAAUGCAUUUAGCCUUACAAAACAACCACAUUCGAACGGUGAGAGGGUUAGUGGCAAUCAACAGCAACUUAGUUAGCAUUAAAGGAAGAGGAAGGAUUACUCCUUUGCAUCAUGUGGCUCGAAUAGGUGAUGCAGAAUUGUUGAGUGAGUUCUUGUUUGCUUGUCCUUCUUCGAUAAACGAUUUGACGAUUAAGUGUGAGACAGUUGUGCACAUUGCUGUGAAGAACCACCACUUUAUGGCGUUUAAGGUUUUAUUGGGAUGGAUUAAGAGAGUAAACAGGAAGAAAAUUUUGGACUGGAAGGAUGAAGAUGGUAACACAGUCUUCCAUAUCGCUGCAUCGAUAAAUCAGACUGAGGUCAUGAAGUUGCUGCGUAAAACCGUAAAAGUAAAAGCCAAGAACUUGGAUGGCAAAACCGCGAUGGACAUACUUCAAACUCACCAAUCUCCUUGUUUCCCUGUAGCAAAAAAACUUCUCCAAAACACUAAAGAAAGGCUACUGUGUGGUUCCACAACGACUCUUGCGGGAUAUUUGAGCAAGAAACUAUCGUUUAUUGAGAAACGGAACAAUCUCUUGGGGUUGAGUAAUUUGAGCAUGAAUAAAGACAGGUCUAUAAACGCUAGUGACCCCCGCAAUGCAAUACUUGUGGUGGCUAUACUCAUAGUAACAGCUACAUACCAGGCUGGUCUCAGCCCUCCCGGCGGGUUUUGGCAGGAUAAUUCUUCAGAGCAUGAAGUAUACGAUCGUCACACCGCUGGGCAGAUGACUAUGUCGUUCUUCGAUGCCUUAUUCUUUAUUAGCCUCAACGGAUUUGCCUUCAUAUCAUCUCUAUAUGUGAUAAUAAUCAUCACAAUUGGACUCCCCAAGUGGAAGUUAAUCUAUGGUUCAAUGGCGGCUUUAAGUAUCGCUACUUUAGCAUCAUACAACACUAUAUUCCCGGAUCCAUAUGGCCUAUAUUGGUAUUUCCCAGUGUUCAUCGUCCGUUUUACAUACCCAUUGAUUAUAGGAAUCAUGAUGUUUGCUACUUUACUGGCAUUCAUUGUUGAUAAACGUCGUCGGCACCAAGUAGACUUCCCAGCGAGUUGCUUCAGCUCAUCUCAGGAGCUGUGAAGGUAUAAGUGUUAUGUUUUUGGUAUCUAUUUUUACUCAAUAAUGUUAUACGUAUACGGAGGCUGUCUAAACCUUUUGAAUUUGUGUUGCUUUGUUAAAGUGUAUUGUCAUUAUUACGGUAUAAAAGAGUUAUUCUACU